UUUCUUUCAAGAUUCAUAUUGCCUUGCUUGAAGUUAUUGAUGUGCUAGGUUCAAACCUAGGUUUAUGCAUAAGAUGUUGGAAAACAUUGGUUGAAGUAGGUUUGGUGAACUUGAAUUAUUCAUGUAUCAUCUGUUUUCAUAUGGAUACACCAGCCAAUACUAUUCUCUUGUUCUCAGCUGUUUCCAUAUCUUUCAUAUUUCACUAGGUUUCAAAAGUGAAAAGCCUAUACUUGAAUUUGAGAGCUAAGAAAGAAUGGAACAAGGAAAGUCAUUGGGCGUGAAGGCAUUUUUGAAGAGAAGUGGAGAGACAACUGAAGUUCGUAGAUUCACAGUUGACCAGGAUGUUGCUGCCAACUAUGUAUAUUUGCAAGGAAAGGUUCGGGCUGUGUUCCCCUGCCUGCAACGCUCUGAUUUCACUGUGACAUGGAUUGACAAAGAAGGAGAUGACAUCACUAUUUCCUGUGAUGAGGAACUCCAAGAGGCCAUCAUGGAGACCAUGAAUGUGGGAGGGUCAGAAUUCUUCAAGCUGAAUGUUCAUGCAGAUGCAAAACCCACUCAAACCAAAGANCAAGUUGCUUAUCAAUUGUGGCAUGUUGAUGUUUUUGCUAUUAUUUCAGCUGAAGGUGAUGGAGGUGCUCGACCAAAGACCCCUCCUGGUGCAUCUGCUGAUCCUCAGCCGAGCAUCAGUGCCACAGACUCGACUAUUUAUCCCAGUCUUUCUGGGAUCCCAUUGCAGCCAUCCCACCCCAAUCCAAAGGUAGCCCACAGUCUUGGUCUGAUGUUGAUGAUGGGAUUCACCAACGAAGGUGGCUGGCUCACUCGACUGCUAGAAGAGAAAGAUGGAGACAUUGGCAAGGUUUUGGAUGUCAUUCAACCCUUCAAGAGGACUCCUGCUCCUCUCAUGUCUUUUGAUUAGAUUGGCUUGGAUGUGUAUUGUAUAUUGAAAUGGAUGACACCUUAUCCCAUGUACACUCCAUCUUUUAUCUUUCACUUUGUGAAUGUGUGUGAUAGAAGUCUGUGAUUGAAUGAAUCAUGAAUAAUUUCUUAUUUCAGGUUUUUUUAAAAGUUUUUUUGUUUUUCUUUAUAGAUUCCCACUGGCACAUAUCAGGAUAUGUUCCAGUUUAUAUAAAAUGUUGCACACUGUCUUCUUGUGGACCUGUAAUCUCAACUUGUCUACUUGUAUUUUACUGGGGAAAUGACAUUGUAGAAGGAAUAAAGAUGGUGAAAGAUGCAGGACAAA